AUGGUCUUUGUCAUCUUUACCUUUCAUAAGACACAUGGGAUGAACGUAUCUACCUUUCUGCAGAACUCUGAUAUUCUCCCGGUUGUUGGCAAGAAUAUAACUCUUGUUUGCGCAUUUACGCCCCCAUCCGAACAUCGUGUUUUAUCUUGGCUUCAUGUGGAAAACAGAAACGCGGUCAUAGCAAGGGAUACAGGUGACGGGAAAGAACCUACACACAAGAAAUACAUUUCAGAUGAGUCCAAGUACAGUUUGGUCUCUGAUUCUUCGAGCGGAAACCUGACAAUAAGUUACCUAGGGGUAGUUGACAGCGGCAGAUAUCGUUGCUUGGUUGCCACCAGUGCUGAUAUAUUUCCAGGUUUGAUUGAACUGAGGGUACUGUCACCAGUCAAACCUAGCUCGCUGUUGAUUACAGACAACCGCUCUGACUACUCUGAUGGAGAAUCAGUAACCCUUACACUUGGACGAACCCACAGUCUAACAUGUACAGUCCAAGGUGCUAGACCACCUCCAGAACUGGAGUGGCAAAAUCCUGGUGGAGUAGCGAUCGUACUAGGGGAACAGUUCAAUACUGUUAAGGGUGAUACCUACGCAUCUUGUAGAAUUAUUGGAAUAACACCGUCUAGGGAUGACGAUGGAAAGAUUUUAACAUGUGUUGCUUUACAUCGGGAACUAGAUCAGAGUCUCAAUACAACCGUACGUGUAGAGGUUCAGGUUUCGCCUAGUGAUCUGUUGCUUACAACUUCUAAUAAAAUUACGAUCUCCAAGGCUGGAACAAGAAGCGUGACUAUCUCUGAAAACGCAAUGACACCAUUCAUCUGCACAAGUGUAGGAUCUCGGCCGACAGCAGUUAUAUCAUGGUCAGUUGGGUUGGAUGGAGAUCCCGGAAGGACGACCUCUACGUCUAGAACAAAUCAGAAUGAUAAAGGUUUACGUGAUACAGAGUCUUCGCUUCAGCUGAAUCCAAAGAGGGAGCACCACCAUCAAUAUCUUCGGUGUGUGGCCACUGUUGGAAUGAACCAGCGUCAAACACAGUUAAUGGUAAUGGUCAAUGGACCAUCCGAUCCUCCUAUUCUCGAUGGAACACAAAGCUUACAGGAUGGUGUGUCAUCUAACGUAACUUGUACAGCAAACAAUGGUUACCCAGAACCAACCUUCCAGUGGUAUCUUGAAGCAAAUAAUGUCACCAACAAAUCUAAAAGACAGUCCUCCUUGAAUACUUAUAAUCGAUUUGAUGCAAGAAGUGUACUCACACUCACUCAGAAGAAGGAUGAUCAUGGGAGAUCUAUAGUUUGUCAGGUCUUUCAACCGAACGAUGUAUCUAUGAAGCCUCAGAGUGUUAAUGAUGUCAUUCAUGUCCUUUAUCCUCCUAUUAUUUUGCACUACUCUGUUCGUCGUGAACUCGGCACCCAAGACAGCGUUGAUUCCAUUCUCACAUGUAGAUCAGAUAGUAGACCAACAGCCUCAAUAAACUGGUUCUUUAAUGGUAAUGAACUCAACAACAACACCUGUCAUCAGAUUCAGUAGAAUAAUGUAUUCACUUAAUUGCUGGUUCGUCCUUGUUGAAUAGUUAGAAAGGCGAAAACAUUCCCGCUCUGUUUUCUUCUUUGGAAUGAAGAAAGUUUGUUACAAUAUUAUCAAGAGAAACAAAAUACAUCACCGCCACAUAUCAACAAAAUAUGAACGUACUGAUAUUUCUCCCGACUAAUGAGCUAACUUGCUUAAAAAAAAAAUCAUAUUUUUCGAACAUAGUGUGUUACUGUCUUAAACGAAGUGUAGUACAUAGUUGAUCAAUGGUAGAUAUGAAAUAAGCGAAUUGGUGUUCUUGAUUUUUUUUUUUUUUUUUUGGUUUUAUCUUUUCUAGGAAUUGGAAGAGGUUGAUUUUAGCAAUAAAAUUAGGCCAGGUAAGAUCACAUGUGAUGAUGUGCAUGGAUAUAUGAAAAAGAACCUAUAUAGAUACAUGAGUGCGCGCAAGGUGUCUUAAAAUAAAAGGUGGGUGCCCAGUGUGCACCAUCGAAGAUGAUUUUUAUUUUUUUUUUUGCUCUUAAUACAGGAAAUUAACCCUUUUCCUCCAGUUGUUGUUUCCUCUUCUUUUGGCGUAUGUCUGCACAGUGGUUGGGUGGAAAAGCAGUGCAGAAGGUUUCUUUAGAUAUGUGCCGCAUUAUGCACGAUCUU